AUGAAGUUUCAGCUACUUUACUCCCUCACAAUUUGUGUGUUAGCUUUUGUAGCAAGUAGUGAUGCAGCUAUAUCUCCGGAGGUUUAUUGGAAAAUAAAAUUGCCCAACACUCGUAUGCCCAAAGUGAUCAGAGAUUUUCUUUCCCAAGCAGAGAAUGACAUUGGUGACACAAAGGAGAAAGUGUAUUAUGGUUUGCACCAACAUGGAAUUUGGGUUUUUAGUGCUGCUACUGAUGAAGAGAUUCAUAACCUAAAAAGGGAAACCCCAAAUGCACAUCUUCGACAAGUAAUUGAAGAAAGUAUUAAUAGUGAUUUUCAAGAUAAUAAUUUCCUUUACAAACCUUUCUUCUUAGAAAACGACUUGGAAAAAGGAAACAUCAUCAAUUUUCCCUCUCUAAAAAAUAAAAACGAAGCACCCAUUUGGCCUAGACAAUUUGUUGAAUCGAUUCCCUUCUCAUCGAAAAAAAUUCCAGAAAUCCUAAACCAUUUCUCAAUAAAUAGUUCAAAGGACGCUGAAACAAUCAAGGAAACAAUUAAAUUUUGUGAAUCGCCAACGAAGAAAGGACAAAAGCAAAAUUGUGCAACUUCUUUGGAGUCUAUGGUAGAUUUUGGGAUAUUCAUGCUUGGAACAAACAAUGUUAAGGUAAUUGCAACGGAAGUACAAGGGGAAAAUCAAAUGUUGUUGCAAAAAUACACUAUUGAAGAAGUUGAACAAAUAGGUGAGGGGGUUAACAUGGUAUGCCACAAACUUAACUACGCGUAUGCAGUACAUUUUUGUCAUGGUGGAGGAAUUACGAAGACAUUUAUGGUAUCGAUGAUUGGUGUUGAUGGAACAAAAGUUAAAGCAGUAUCGAUAUGUCACAAAGAUACAUCUCUUUGGAAUCCGAAAGGAUUGCCUUUUGUAGUGCUUAAUGUUAAGCCUGGAACUACGACAAUUUGUCAUUUCCUUGAAGAUGAUCAAAUCGCCUUUUUACCUUAUGAAGACGCCUAA